CAGUGCGCGUGGCCGCGGCGGCUGGUGUGGGGUUGAGUCAGUUGUGAGGACCGGGAGCUGCUGAGCCUGCGGGCGGCCCGGCGCGUCGGCGACACAGCGGCGGGCGUCGGGAUUCAGGAGCCGGGGGCUGGUCUCCUCGUGGAACCCGGCCGAGCCCGCGCCGCCGCCGCCGCCGCCGCCCCGCGUCUCCGCUCCCGGCCCGCAAACCGCCGCCGCGGGCGCGCCCCCGCUCUGCGCUGUCUGUCCGAUGGCGUCCGCCUCCGGGGCCAUGGCGAAGCACGAGCAGAUCCUGGUCCUCGACCCGCCCACAGACCUCAAAUUCAAAGGCCCCUUCACAGAUGUAGUCACUACAAAUCUUAAGUUACGAAAUCCAUCGGAUCGAAAAAUAUGUUUCAAAGUGAAGACUACAGCACCUCGUCGGUACUGUGUGAGACCCAACAGUGGGAUCAUCGACCCAGGGUCAACCGUGACUGUCUCCGUAAUGCUACAGCCUUUUGACUACGAUCCCAAUGAAAAGAGUAAACACAAGUUUAUGGUACAGACAAUUUUUGCUCCACCAAACUUUUCAGAUAUGGAAGCUGUGUGGAAAGAGGCAAAACCUGAUGAGUUAAUGGACUCUAAACUGAGAUGUGUAUUUGAAAUGCCCAGUGAAAACGACAAAUUGAAUGACAUGGAGCCUACCAGUAAAGCUGCUCCUCUGAACGCAUCCAAACAAGACGGACCCAUGCCCAAACCACAUAGUGCUUCCCUCAACGACACCGAGACAAGAAAGCUCAUGGAAGAGUGUAAAAGACUUCAGGGUGAGGUGAUGAAGCUGUCGGAAGAAAACCGACACCUGAGAGAUGAAGGCUUAAGGCUCAGGAAGGUAGCACAUUCGGAUAAACCUGGAUCAACCUCAACUGCGUCAUUCAGAGAUAACGUCACCAGUCCUCUUCCUUCACUUCUUGUUGUAAUCGCAGCCAUUUUCAUUGGAUUCUUUUUAGGGAAAUUCAUCUUGUAGAGUGAGCAUGCAGAGUGCUAUUCCUUUUUUUUUUUUUCCUCCUGACCAGACAAGAUUUGUUUACCUACCAUUUCCCUGGUAGUAUGGCCCGCGGUGACCAUUUUCUGUGUGUCCAGCGUCAUACAGGCUCUGCCUUUAAUGAUCUCUUACGGUUAGAGCACAGUGAGCGCAAACUCUUCAGCUCCUGGGCAAGUUGUAUAUUAUCAGGUCCUCACUAGCAGAUGUCAGUUGCACAUUCAGUCCUUUAUGAAAUUCAUAAAUAAAGAAUUGUUCUUCCUUUGUGGUUUUAAUAAGAGUUUGAGAAUUGUUCAGUCUUGUAAAUGUUAUUUUAAUAAUCCCUUUAAAUUUUAUCUGUUGCUGUUACCUCUUGAAAUAUGAUUUCUUUAGAUUGCUAAUCCCAUUCAUUCAGGAAAUGCCAAGAGGUAUUCUGUGGGGAAAUGGUGCCUCUUACAGUGUAAAUUUUCUCCUUUACCUUUGCUAAUAUCAUGGCAGAAUUUUUCUUAUCCCUUGUGAGGCAGUUGUCGACUGAAUUUUUCAUCCUUCAAUCCUGUCCCAUGGUAUUUAACAUUAAAAAAAAAAAAAUAAAACUGUUAACAGAU